UAUGACAUCGGUAGGGUUUUUAAGUAAGUGGCUGAUAACGUGUGCUAUGAAUAUACCAUCGUGGCAGCACAGGAAGGGGCCGGGCGGGGCCUGUUGGCGGGAAGCACCGUCAUCAUUGGAGGAGAAGACUGAAGGGGGAGCAAAGGAGUAUAGAAGAGGAAGUGAAGGUCAGAAAAAAAAACAAGAGGAAAGGAAGUGACGAGAGUGAAGCCCACCUCUAGGCACGCCCACUAGGCGGUGGUUGGUCACACUAGCAAGUACUUCAAAGGAGUUCUGGUUUGUGCCGCAAGCUAACGGUAAAGGAGUGGAUAAUAAACGGCGAAGUGGGCUUUGAACAUCCAGCCAUAUGCGUUGGAUCCCAGACUCGAGAGUCCGAAGUUUCCCAAGAGACGAGAUUACUUCAAGAUGUCUCUCAAUGAUGGACAAAGAAAGCAACCCAAGCCACAGCCAGCAAGACGGAAAGGCCGUGUCCAAUGGAAGCGUCAUGUGCUCUGAGGGAGGCGGAGCCACCAUCGUCUUUUCUCUAAAAAAACAAAUAGGCGGCCUGGCCGACGUGCUGAAGAUAUUCCAGGACAAACACAUCAACCUGCUUCAUAUCGAGUCUCGCAAGUCCAAAGGAAAGGAUUGUGACGUUGAGAUCUUUGUGGAGUGCGAGGGCGACCACCAGCAGCUCAUAGAGCUGACUCAGCUGCUCCGCAAGCACCCGGACGUCACUGAAGUGACGCCGUUUGUUGACUCCACCCACCCUGAUGAUGAUAUGCCAGACGUUCCAUGGUUCCCCAAGAAGAUCUCAGACUUGGAUCUUUGCAAACAGGUUCUGAUGUACGGAUCGGAGCUGGACGCCGACCAUCCGGGAUUCAAAGAUGAAGUUUACCGUCAAAGAAGGAAGUACUUUGCAGAUCUGGCCAUGAACUACAAUCACGGUGAUCCCAUCCCUCACGUGGACUUCACGCCCGAGGAGGUGCAGACGUGGACUCGGGUGUAUCGGGAACUCAACAAGCUGUACCCGACCCACGCCUGCAAGGAAUAUCUGAAGAACAUCCCCCUGCUGGUGGAAGAGUGUCACUACAGGGAGGACAACAUCCCCCAGCUGGAGGACAUAUCACGCUUCCUCAAAGCACGCACAGGCUUCACCAUCAGGCCCAUCGCAGGGUACCUGUCUCCCAGGGACUUCCUAGCAGGUCUGGCCUUCAGAGUCUUCUUCUGUACUCAGUACAUCCGGCACAGCUCAGACCCCUUCUACACACCCGAACCUGACACGUGCCACGAGCUGCUGGGCCACGUCCCCAUGCUGGCCGAGCCCAGCUACGCCCAGUUCUCCCAGGAACUCGGACUGGCGUCCCUGGGAGCUUCAGACGACGCCGUGAAGAAACUAGCCACUUGUUACUUCUUCACGGUGGAGUUUGGACUUUGCAAGCAAGAUGGGAGACAGCGGGUCUACGGUGCAGGACUGCUGUCGUCCAUCAGCGAGUUGAAGCACGCGUUGACGGACAAGGCUCACGUUCUCCCGUUCGACCCCGCUGUGACCUGCAACCAGGAGUGCCUGAUCACGACAUUCCAGGACGUCUACUUUUCUUCUGAAAGUUUUGAAGAAGCCAAGGAGAAGAUGAGGGAGUUUGCCAAAACCAUCGCUCGCCCCUUUGCCAUCCGCUACAACCCGUACACGCAGAGCGUAGACGUCCUGAGGGACGUGGGGAGCCUCAGCAGCAUGCUGAAGGACGUGAGACACGAGUUGGACACGGUGGAGGACGCUCUGCACCGCCUCAACACGUCCCUGAGUCCUGCUUUGUCACGUGACACGAAGAGGAAGCCUGCAGCGCUUUACUAGCAUCCACUUCAUCUUCUCCCAUCCUCUCCCAUCUUCUCCCAUCUUCUCCCAUCUUCUCUCAUCUUCUCCCAUCUUCUCCCAUCUUCUCAGACAGCUUCCCUUCAAAGUCCAGCACAACCUCCUCAGGUGUUAGCAUCCGGCCUGACACAGACUCCAAACUCAAGCAUAACGUCAGAACAAUAUAAGAAAAAAUAAUCAAUCAUUUUAGGAGCAUAAAUAGCAUAAUGUUGAAAUAUUACAAGUAUUAGCCACAUGCUGCGGUUUGGACCGAUGUCGGGGUUAAUCAUUGCCGACAAGGAAAGAAAAAAGCUGAAAACAUACAGUGUCGUCUCCUCCACACAAGCAGCUCCCGGGUGCUGCUGCAUCGCGGUCGUGCUUUUGUGGUACGCCGUCUCCAUUUUGCACAGGUCACAGACCACCCAAUCGUUACCUUUCAGUGUAAAGUACUCCACACUUUGGACAUCCUACUGCGAUAUAUUUUCUUCUUUCUUUUUCCUUUCUUUCAAUAAAAUACGGUAAAAAUGGACACAUUUCAGACAUAGUGCGACAUGGUGAUCAGUCAUGAUUAAUUCAUUUGAAAAGUGUGAUUAAUCUGAUUAAAAAUUUGAAGCAUUUGACAGUCCUAAUUUUUAUCCUUGAAAUAUAUAUCAAUAUACUGUAUGUACAGUAAGUUCUGAGCAUAUCUUAGUGUAGCAUAUAUAAGUUGUUAACAUAUUGUUAUGUCACAUUACGUUACAUUACGUUACGUUACUUCCUCUUUCAAACAUCAAACUCAACACAUUUCAUCUUCAAACCGCUCACAGCCUUCUGCUGCUCUUCUUCUAUGCUUGUAGUACGUUUGUAGUAUGGCUGUACUAUGCUUGUACUAUGAAUAAAUAAAUAUAAUAUAUACU